GGAGCGCGCCGGGAGCGGCGGGAGGCGGCGGCGAGCGGGGCCGGGAGCGGCGGGACCGCGGCGGCGAUCGCGGCUCUCCGGGCGCGCAGCGCUCCUGCCGCCCCCUGAGGCCGUGGCGGCACCGCCGGGCGGCCGGCACCACCCACCCGGCCUCAGCCGACCCCGCGCCGGCCACCACGGACGUGGAGGCGGCGGCGGGCGGAGCCGGGCCCGGCCCGAGGGGACCGUCCCGGCGCGGCGGAGCCGCCGCCGCUCGGUAGGGGCCGGAGCGAGGGCGGGCUCGCCGGGGCCUCCGCGGCCGGGCUCGCUCCGCAGGGGCUGCGCGGGGCCCGGGCCGGCCGCGCUGCCGGCGCCGCUGGGGCCUCCGGCGGGGAGCGGGCGAGGCGGGGAGGGAGGCCCGGCCCGGUGCUCCCCGAGACGGGCGGGGGCAGCGGGAGAGCCCCGCGUCCUCCGCCCGCAGCUUUGUUAGCCGGGCCCUCCGCAGGGAAGGGGAGCGGCGGGACCGGGCCGGAGCCCCCCGAGCUGCCGGCUCCUUUCUUUGCCCGCGCUCGGUUGCGGAGCAUCGUCUGCGGGACUCGUGCGGAGAAAACAACAGGUCUCGCUCCCUGCUCGCCUUCCAAAGCGACGCCAGCGCCUUGCUCUUGGGAUUAUAAAUGUUUGAACUAAGACGCAGGGAACUGGAAGGAGAGCUUCCCGUUGGAAUUAAUAGAAGAGAAAAGAAGGGAGGCUUUUCCAAAUCCUCUACAAGAAAGCUCAUGCUGUUUUCCCCUGCUGUCCGUACUCUGGUUAAUAAUGCGAUUGUGACCUGAGUGGAAUUUAUGAGCGAUGAACUGUUGAAGCUUGUUGCAUCUCUGCAUCGGACUACAUUUUUUUUUUUUUUCGGUCAGCACAUGAUUCCUCUAUCCCAGCUGUUGCAGGACCUAUGGGCCAGUAAUAGAGGGAUGGGAAGCUGAGACAGUUUAUUUUCACAUUCUUCUGUGCCGGGGACUUGGCGAGUUAGCUGAAGCUGCUGCUUUUUACUGGAUCCGUUCUUUCCUCGGCAGGUUUAUUAUUGUUAUUUUUUUCAUGUGUUUCGAUUAAACAGUCAGUGGACUGGAGCUAGAUGGGUGCUUUCCAAUCCAAAGGGUUUUGGGGGAUUACAGAAAACUGCUAAAACAGAGAAGAACUGGUGCUGCAGGAGACCUGGAGCCUGUUUUCCUCGCCUUUUUGUUUUACUGAGCAAGAUGAUGUGUGAGGUGAUGCCAACCAUCAGCGAGGCCGAGAUUCCCGCCGGGGGAAAUGGAGGCCACGGUUCAGGUUCCCCGUUGCAGUCGGAUGCUGAUUCCCACUUCGAGCAGUUAAUGGUGUCCAUGCUGGAGGAGAGGGAUCGCCUGCUGGAAACGCUCCGGGAAACUCAGGAGACGCUGGCGCUCACCCAGGGCAAGCUGCAUGAGGUUGGCCAUGAGAGGGAUUCCUUGCAGAGGCAGCUCAAUACUGCGCUUCCACAGGAAUUUGCAGCGCUCACAAAAGAGCUGAAUGUAUGCAGGGAGCAGCUGCUUGAAAGGGAAGAAGAAAUUGCUGAACUGAAAGCAGAAAGGAACAACACGAGGCUCUUACUGGAACAUUUGGAGUGUCUUGUCUCCAGGCAUGAGCGAUCCCUCAGGAUGACUGUUGUGAAGAGGCAAGCUCAGUCUCCAGCAGGAGUUUCUAGUGAAGUAGAAGUUCUCAAAGCACUAAAAUCCUUAUUUGAGCACCACAAAGCCCUUGAUGAAAAGGUAAGGGAGAGAUUACGAGUAGCACUUGAAAGGUGUAGCUUAUUGGAAGAAGAACUAGGUACUACACAUAAAGAGUUAAUGAUUCUGAAAGAGCAAAAUAAUCAGAAGAAAACACUUCCAGAUGGGAUGCUGGAUAUAAAUCAUGAACAAGAAAAUACACCAACUACAAAUGGGAAGAGAUCCUCUGAUGGUUCAUUAUGCCACGAUGAAAACCUUGCUAAAGUGAUUGAACUCCAAGACAUCAUAGAUAAGCAAAACAAAGAGCAGACACAAAUGAAAGAACGUCUCACUGCUUUGUCCAGCAGAGUAACAGAGCUGGAAGAAGAUCUAGACACAGCAAGGAAAGACUUAAUCAAAUCUGAAGAAAUGAACACAAAGUUACAGAGGGAUGUACGAGAGACUCUGGCCCAGAAGGAGGACAUGGAGGAGAGAAUCACCACUCUGGAGAAACGCUACCUCGCUGCACAACGUGAAGCUACAUCCGUGCAUGACCUCAAUGAUAAACUUGAAAACGAAAUUGCCACUAAAGACUCCAUGCACAGACAGAGUGAAGAUAAGAACAGACAACUGCAAGAGCGACUGGAACUGGCUGAGCAAAAGCUGCAGCAGACCCUGAGAAAAGCUGAGACUUUGCCAGAGGUGGAGGCUGAGCUGGCUCAGAGAGUGGCAGCACUUACAAAGGCUGAGGAGAGACACGGCAAUAUCGAGGAGCGGCUGAGACAGAUGGAGGCACAGCUUGAAGAGAAGAAUCAAGAACUGCAAAGGGCUAGACAGAGAGAGAAGAUGAAUGAAGAGCAUAAUAAACGUUUGUCAGAAACUGUUGAUAAGCUCCUGUCUGAAUCCAAUGAAAGGCUCCAGCUUCAUCUCAAGGAGAGGAUGGCUGCCCUGGAAGACAAGAAUUCACUUCUUCGAGAAAUUGAAAAUGCAAAAAAACAAAUAGAAGAACUUCAGCAUGAAAAGGAUCAACUUGUAUUAAAUGUUGAUGCAUUAAGGGCUGAAAAUGACCAAGUGAGGCUCAGAGCCACAUCACUUCAUCAUAGCAGAGCGGAUUUCAGAUUCCCUGUGCCACCCUCCUCCGUGGGGGACAGUCACACAGACUCCUACGGCACGUCCUCCGUGCUGAGGCGGCCCCAGAAGGGGCGUCUGGCUGCUCUCAGGGACGAGCCUUCAAAGCAUGUUCAGACCCUGAAUGAGCAGGAUUGGGAGCGGGCCCAGCAAGCCAGUGUGUUGGCAAACGUGGCACAAGCGUUCGAGAGUGAUGUGGAUGUGUCUGACAUGGAGGAUGACAGGGAGACCAUUUUCAGCUCAGUUGAUCUGCUGUCACCAAGCGGGCAGGCUGAUGCUCAGACUUUGGCCAUAAUGCUGCAGGAACAGUUGGAUGCAAUCAACAAAGAGAUCAGGCUGAUCCAGGAGGAGAAGGAGAACACGGAGCAGCGCGCGGAGGAGAUCGAGAGCCGCGUGGGCAGCGGCAGCCUGGAGGCGCACGGCCGGUUCCGCUCGCUGGGCUCCGUGGCCCCCGCGCUCGGCGGGGCCCUGGCCGGCUCCUCCCCGCCCGGCAGCGGCCGCUCCACGCCCCGGCGCGGCCCGCACAGCCCCGCCAGGGAGGUGGACAGGCUGGGCAUCAUGACGCUGCCUAGUGAUUUAAGGAAACACCGUAGAAAGUCUCCAGCUUCCAGAGAAGAGGUACGAGAUGACAAAACCACCAUAAAAUGUGAGACAUCACCGCCUUCUUCACCUCGGUCCUUGCGUCUGGACAGAGUCCAGAAAGGAGCUCUGCACACAGUGAGCCACGAAGAUAUCAGGGACAUCAGGAAUUCAACAGGUUCACAAGAUGGCCAAACAAGUAAUCCUAGUAGCAGUAACAGCAGCCAAGAUUCCCUUCACAAAGCUCCCAAAAAGAAGGGGAUCAAAUCCUCCAUUGGCCGCCUGUUUGGCAAGAAGGAAAAGGGACGACCUGGACAAGGAAGCAAGGAAGCUCUAGGACAAGGUGGCCUGGGAGAAGCAGAUGGUUCCUCUCAGGAUGCAUUAGGCCUCAGCAAACUUGGAGGUCAGGCAGAGAAAAACAGGAAAAUGCAGAAGAAUGCAAAAUCAGGGCACGAGUUGCUGGAGGAAGCCAGAAGACAAGGUUUGCCUUUUGCACAGUGGGACGGGCCCACCGUGGUGGUGUGGCUGGAGCUGUGGGUGGGGAUGCCAGCCUGGUACGUGGCUGCCUGCCGAGCCAAUGUGAAAAGCGGUGCUAUCAUGUCAGCCCUGUCUGACACGGAAAUCCAGCGGGAAAUUGGCAUCAGCAACCCCCUGCACAGGCUCAAGCUCCGCCUGGCCAUCCAGGAAAUCAUGUCCCUAACCAGCCCCUCUGCCCCUCCCACCUCAAGGACGACCACGGGAAAUGUCUGGGUAACACAUGAAGAGAUGGAAAAUCUUACAGCCACACAACAAACGGAAGAUGAGGAGGGAAGCUGGGCUCAGACAUUAGCCUAUGGUGACAUGAACCACGAGUGGAUUGGCAACGAGUGGCUGCCAAGCCUGGGGCUCCCUCAGUACCGCAGCUACUUCAUGGAAUGUCUGGUGGAUGCUCGGAUGCUGGAUCACUUAACUAAAAAAGAUCUGCGUGGGCAGCUGAAAAUGGUGGACAGCUUUCACAGGAACAGUUUUCAGUGUGGAAUUAUGUGCCUCCGAAGACUGAAUUAUGAUCGGAAAGAACUGGAAAGAAAAAGAGAAGAAAGCCAGAAUGAAAUUAAGGAUGUCCUGGUGUGGAGCAACGAGAGGAUGAUCCACUGGGUGGUGUCCAUCGGCCUUAAGGAAUACGCGAAUAACCUGCAGGAGAGCGGCGUUCACGGCGCACUUGUGGCCUUAGAUGAAUCCUUUGAUUACAAUGCAUUAGCUCUCCUGCUGCAAAUCCCCACUCAAAACACACAGGCUCGUGCUGUUCUGGAGAGGGAAUUCAAUAACCUCCUUGCUAUGGGCACUGACAGAAGACUUGAUGAAGAUGAUGAUAAGAGCUUUAGGAGAGCACCUUCAUGGAGAAAGAAGUUUAGACCAAAGGACAUAAGAGGUUUAGCUGCUGGAUCAGCAGAGACUCUUCCUGCAAAUUUCAGAGUUACAACCUCAAUGUCUUCACCCUCUAUGCAGCCAAAGAAGAUGCAGAUUGAUGGCAGUGUAUCAGGAACACAAAGAUUGGAUUCUGCCACAGUAAGGACCUACUCCUGUUAAAGCCUUCUCCUGUUUACCCACACUAUUUCUACCGGUGAUAUGCAGCAUUUUCAACAUUUGGAACCCUUAACCUGUUAAUACUUGUUAAAUGGACACUUUGAGAUAUUUUAUUACAGAGUUUUUAAUUAGCAAAUAAAUUCAUGAGUACUAUAGAGAAAAUAUUUUAGAAUCUAAAUGUUUCUUAUAUUUAUGUGACUCGUCAUUUAUAUAGUUACUUACUUUUUCUGUUUCUAUUCAGUCUACAAAUCAAAUCAUUGCUGAUUUUUUAUUCUAAUUUUAGUCUUUCCAGCUGAAUGUACUGUAAUGCUUGUAUGUAUAUGUCCCUAUGAGCAAUAUAGGGUUUUUGUAAAUUAUGCAGUAACUGUAAUUAUCACUGUUUUUUAAUAAUGAAACUGAAGGUGAAAAGGAUUUUAAUACCUUUGUAAAAGUAUCAUGACACCGAGCAGUAUAUAUUUUGUCUUUCGGAGCGCUUAGCUUAGAUCUGAAAACAAGUCCAGCUUUUUUUCAGGUGAGCCUUUGUUGACCUAGGAGGGACGGUACACGAGUGUUGUUCUUCUCAGAGCUGUACCUUUGCACACAGAGGAUGUGUCGAGUAGUGGCAAUUUGUCCUUAUUUAAAGUAGACCUGGUUGGAAAAGCUGGGAGGAGCUCCUGAGCCUGCGGGACGCGUUGUGGGAGCGACUGCCUCAGUGCUAACAGCCUCUGCUGUGUUUGUGCAGCGACUCUUCGCAGUGACUGAACACAAGCCAUAAACCCAGGACUGUUUGUAUUUUUGCUUUUCCUUCCCUGAGGAAGAUAGACUUCAUAAUGAUUCCUGGUCGUGAGCCACAGGCCACAGAGAGGUGUUUUUUUUUGUCUUAGACCUUUUUGCUUGAAAACACUUGGUGGAAAGAUGCUGGUGGAACCAGUUCUAAUGGACCAAUCCUAAAGCACUGCAGCCUCCUGUCAAAUGAGUAGUGAAAGAUGAAGGUACAAUGGGCUGAAAACUAAAGCAGUGCAUCUUCUAAUAAAGGCCUUACUUUUCUUACGUAAGUCAUCCCUAUGUGUUUUGUAAACUUGUUCUAAAGACUUGUCUGGACUUUAAUUUGGAUGGUUGUAGCCAUUUGGGACUGUAUGAGUAGAAAAUGUAUCUGACAUUUGUAAAUGGCAUAUUAAAAAGCCAGCAAGAAUCUGUUCAGAUGGUGCAUUAUUUAUUAUGCAACAAUAUAUAUAGCAUGUCUUUUUUCUUAUUUUGUUUUCCACUUUUAACUUGCUUGUAAAACUGAAAUUCAUUGUUACUGUUCUGUUUUUCUAUUAAUCUUUUGUGUAUUUUCAGAUUAUGUAACAAUAUGUACAGUCUACUUUUGAACUAUUUUUAUCACAGUAUUAUUUAUUGCUUUCAAUAAAGUACUGAUGCAUUUUCCACUGCCAAUAAAACACUAUGGAAAAGCUAAGACCUAACUGUAUGCAGGCAGAAACUUUGCAGUGAGUGGAUAUUGUCAAUAAAGCAUCUUAAUGAUUGCUGCCCUGUAGAUCUGGUUUCAAAUGAUGACCUUUUUCCAGGAGCAAAAAUAUUCAAUUAGAUGUGACGUUUUCUUUGGAAUUGUUUGAGUUCACAUGCAUUAAUAUCAGUUUUCUGGAAAAAAAAACUGCUUUAUUGCCUACUUCUACUCAUCUUUAGAGCUGUGAUUUGCUUUUUUGAAAUAAUAAACCAGACCUGACACACAACUUCAGUGUAUUCUGGUCCACAUGGUGAAGAUGGAAAUGCUGUCCUAGACAGCAGGAACAGUAGCUUUGGUAAUAAAAUGAAAUCAUGGCCAUAGUGAUAUUUGGGGAGCAACAUAGGAGUUGAGGGAACCAGUGCAAAAUGGGGUCACAAUAGGGCUGUUCAUGUCAAUUUUGAUAUAUUUGUAAACCAUUUCAUUGAGUAGAAGACAGAGGGAUAAAGCUGCAGAAUAAUGAAAGGAGUAGUAAAGCAUAUGUCAUCAUGUCCUCCAGAUCAACAGCAGGAUGUGGAACGCCUGGAGAAACACUGCCAUGGAUGCUCUAACCCUUGUUCAUUGAUGCAUCUCCGUUUGUCUGGCUUGUCUGUACGAGUUGCUGUCUGUUCAUUUGCAGUCUCUUUUAUAUUCUCAGAGAAUCUUAUCUUUCUAGAAAAAAACCCUGAAAUGGAACUGCAGAAGGAAAUCCUGACUCGCUGCUCAGCUAAACUUUGCUGUUUAGAGAAACCUUGCCUAGGCGUUGCUGGUCACUGAUGUGAGUGAUAGUAGGUGUUCAAAGUCAUGUAUUGUUGCUUCUCAAAGUGAAACCAAUGCGGGAUAGACUUGUAAAAUGUGAACAGAAAAUGCGUUUAUUAUUUUGAGGCUGUAAAACCUUAACUGUUACGGAACAAUGGAACUGAUGUGAGAGAGGUAGAAUAAAUGAGUGAAACGGCGAAAGCUUUCACAAACUGGCAAAA